CAUCACACGGCAGCACACCCGCGCCCCGCCAGCUUUCCGACCAAUCGGAGUUUUUUGUUGGUUGUGACGUAGGGGAAACUGCAUAAUGUAAACCCGAAAACCGGUCCCUCCAUCACAAUAGCCGGGCAACGCUGGUAGAAACAAUAAAACGCGGAAAAACCUGCCGACUCCAUCCAAAUUCACAAUGCUGUCUAUGACUGACUUCGUCGCCGGUGUCAGCUAUGACGAGUGCAAGGCCACAGCGGAUUGGCUCCUGUCCAAGACGCAUGUGCAGCCGACUGUGGGAAUCGUGUGCGGGUCGGGCCUCGGGGGGCUGGCUGACAUGCUGAAGGACCCGCAGUUCUUCAAGUACGCCGACAUUCCCAACUUCCCCCGGAGCACAGUGCAUGGUCACGCUGGUCAGCUGGUGUUUGGGACACUAAAAGGGAAGCCGUGUGUUUGCAUGCAGGGCAGGUUCCACCUUUAUGAGGGCUACCCAAUCCAAAAGAUCACGCUCCCCAUGCGCGUCUUCAAGCUGAUGGGCGUCAAGACCAUGAUCCUGACCAAUGCAGCGGGGGGGCUGAACCAGGACUACAAGGUGGGCGACGUGAUGAUCAUCAAGGACCACAUCAACAUGCCCGGGUUUGGUGGAAUCAACCCGCUGGCUGGACCCAACGAAGAGCGGUUCGGCGUCCGCUUCCCCUGCAUGUCCGACGCCUACGACCGCGAGCUGCGGCAGCUGGCGGCCGACGUGGGCGCCGAGCUGGGCUACAGCGACUUCCUGAAGGAGGGCGUGUACUGCGUCCUCGGGGGGCCGUCCUUCGAGACCAUCGCCGAGUGCCGCAUGCUGCACAGCUUAGGAGCCGACGCCGUCGGGAUGAGCACGGUGCACGAGGUGAUCGUGGCUCGCCACGCGGGCGUGCGCUGCUUCGCCCUGUCCCUGAUCAGCAACCGCUCGGUGAUGGACUACGACAGCGAGGAGCGCGCCAACCACGAAGAGGUGCUGGAGACGGGCCGGCUGAGGGCCAAGCAGCUGGAGAGGCUGGUGUCCACCAUGGUGGCCCGGCUGGACAACGACAACAACAACUCCUUCUGACCGCCGGCCGGAGGAGCCUCUGACAAACCG